ACCCGUUGCAUGGUUAUUUAAGGAAAAUUAUGUGCAUUAUGGUCUUAGCAAUUCGCGAGUUGUCUUCACAAUCCAUAACCUUGAGUUUGGGGCACAUGCUAUUGCAAAAGCUAUGGCACACUCAGACAAAGCUACAACUGUAUCUCCCACAUAUUCAAAGGAGAUAACAGGAAAUCCUGCAAUUGCUCCUAACCUCUACAAGUUCCACGGCAUACUAAAUGGAAUUGACCCAGAUAUAUGGGGAUCCAUAUAAUGACAAGUUCCUUCCUCUAUCAUACACAUCUGAAAAUGUUGUUGAAGGCAAAAGAGCUGCCAAGCAUGCGUUGCAAGAAAAGCUUGGUCUUGAAACAGCUGAUCUCCCUAUAGUAGGAAUCAUUACUCGAUUAACACAUCAGAAAGGAAUCCAUCUCAUUAAACAUGCCAUUGGGCGUACUUUGGAGCGCAAUGGACAGGUUGUUCUCCUUGGUUCAGCUCCAGAUCCUAGAAUCCAGAAUGAUUUUGUAAAUUUGGCCAAUCACUUGCACUCUACUCAUGCUCGUCGCGCUCGUCUUUGUUUGACUUAUGAUGAACCUCUAUCACAUUUGAUAUAUGCUGGUGCUGACUUUAUUCUAGUUCCCUCAAUAUUUGAGCCAUGUGGUUUGACCCAACUUACUGCUAUGAGAUAUGGUUCAAUUGCUGUUGUUCGAAAAACUGGAGGACUUUAGGACACUGUAUUCGAUGUUGACCAUGACAAAGAGAGAGCACAAGCACAGGGUCUAGAACCGAAUGGAUUUAGUUUCGACGGAGCUGAUACUGCUGGUGUUGACUAUGCUCUUGACAGAGCAAUCACAGUAUGGUACGACAAGCGGGAGUGGUUCAACUCAUUAUGCAAGACAGUGAUGGAGCAAGACUGGUCUUGGAACCGGCCGGCUCUUGAUUAUAUGGAGCUCUAUCAUGCAGCACGCAAAAUCACUUGAUUCAAGGCCAAAAGUGAGGUCUAAGUUUUUGUACAUAUUAGUGAAUUUUUGCAGUCAUGUUUAAUUUUUUCUUCUUCUUCUUCAUAUAAGUCUCUUAGUGAAAAUUAUGCAAGGUAACUCGAUUGUAGAGCACAUAAGAUGUUCAUUUGUUUAGCUUAAGAAAUAAGAGGUCAGCUUCCAAGUAGUACUGCCUUAUUAAUACAUACAACACAAUCUAUUAUUACCCCAUGCUCUAACAUGUAGUGUUGUCUUUCUAAUCUAUUUAUUUUUGUAAAUAAAUAAAUAAAAAAAAUUGUAGUGAAUUUUUUGUAUUUAAAAUAAAUGAUAAAUAAUUUCCCUUGUC